ACAAAUCUUCUUUCUCUUUCUCUAUUUUCAGAAAUUCGAAAUCUCUUGAAGAAGCUUUUUGGCUAUGUCGAAGAUGAGAUCUUACCUGAAACCACCGCUUCCCAAAUCUCCGAUCCGUCUCCGUUCACGUCAAGUCCUUCACUCUUCUCUCCAAACCCCAUCGCCAGGUUUUCUAAAGCCGGGACGAAGAUUGAGUGACGUAGAUCUAAACCCUAAACCCCAAAUCAAAUACUCAUCAAUCUCUAGCGAGAUACAUGCUUUAGCAAAGAUGGUGAAAGACGAGUUUGCUGAAGAAGAGGAUCGCAAAAAGUCUUCGAAUUUGGAGAGUUUGGCAAAGAAUUCAGUUCCGUUAUUCGAGAGAGGGAGGUUUUACGAGGAGUAUUCGGCUAAACGGAACGAGAGAUUGAGGAGGAAGAAAGGAGAAGAAGCUGUAGAAGGAGGAGUUGUGAAAGGAACUCCUUAUAAUCUCGGAGUUAAUCAUGAACCGAUGACGAAUAAGAGACGAGGAACGGCGAAGAAGGAGAGCAUCAAGAAGACGGUGGUGUCUAUGGUUGAGAGUAGUAGUAUACCGAGGUAUUCUCUGAGGAGUAUGGCUAAGGAGAAUAGGAAGCCACCGCUUCCGCUUAAUGUCGCUGUAAGUGCGAUGAAGAGUGUUACUACACGAAAGGGUAGGAGAAUCUGAAACUGAGGUGUGUUUUUGUAUGAAACCGAAAACUAGAGAUUUGGUUUCUUGAAAUUUAUUUUGGUAUUGUUUUUGCUUGUGGAUUUCGAUUAAAUCCAUGGAUGUUUUGUUUUCUUGAUUGCUUUUACAUUGAGAUAAGCUUUAUCUACAGAAUGUUUUGUUCAUCAAAUGCAGUUUUGGUGUUUCUUUAGUAGCUUGAGUUAGUUAGAU